CAACAUUUUAACACUAAUUUGCUUGUGUUUUCUCUUCGAUAUUUUUACUUGAUCUAGUCUUCGUAAAUUGAUUACCAUGAAAAAUCUUGCCAUUUGUUUCAUUUUUGCUUUUCUUGGAUCAUAUUUGAUUGCAGGAAAAUCUGUUGGAAAAUCUGCCAAUUUAAAGGAAAAAUCGUAUUGGUACCCUGUUAAUACUGGACGACCUGAAAUAGAAUCUUAUACUGUUAUGCCAUACACGCAAAUGUCAGAAGAACGUAUGGUGCCAUGGAUUACACAAGGACCUACCGCUAUGCCAUGGUAUCAACAACGGACUACGAUGGCAUGGAAUGAAGAACCGAUAACAAACUCACUAACUACAGAGAGUUCACGACCACCGCAAACUAAAGAAGCGUCAACACCAGUUUUCAAAGAUGAAGAUACUCAGACACACCAACCAACAGACCUUAAAAGUGUAACAGCAGCGCCACAAUACUCUAGCGAACUGAAAGUUAAUCUUAAUCUGUCCCUUGGUUUUGAAAGUAAAUCUAUACACUGAGGUCAAAGACUUAUCAAAAAGGUAACUUUGAAGAGCGUCCUAGACUUAAGACUCUUUGACCAAGCCAGUUGGAUCAGCCUGCUCUCGAUGAACGAGGCUUAACAUCAUUCCUUUGUAUUACUUGAAUUGAAAAAUUGGAUUUGAUAUCAUAGGCCAAGAGGAAAUCUAACAUAAGUUAAACAAAAGCUGAAGAAAAUUGGGCCGAUUUGUAUUUGAAGAAUAAUUAAAUUCAUAAUCUAGUUAAUCUGAAAUUUCAACUAACUUUCUUAAAGCAGAUGCGAAUCUAAAUAACUUUUUAAUAAAGAUUACUACAGUUGAAUAUAAAUCAUAAAAUUAUAUACAACAAUUGUGCAGAGGACAAUUACAUAAUCUAGCUGAUUGGGCAUUAGCUCUUUAACUAGCAUAAACUAAGACAAAAUCAUUCUACACUAAAAAUCUGAAUCAAUAGCAUUGAAACUUGUCAACUUUUUGGUUAUCAAAGUUUCUUUGCUUUUUUAUUGACGCGUGCGCUUCGAGCAACUAACUACAGAUGUAGCAGAUGAUUCCAAUUUUCAUAUUUGUUUUGAUUAAAAUGCUAUUUUAAAUUGACAGCCUUUACUUUGAAUUAAACUUGUCCAUUAGUUUGAAACAUCUUUUCAUCGAUUAUGUGAAUAACCCAUUACAUCUUAUCAUUUAUCAUUUGUUUAUCAUCUGUUAAUUCAUGAGUGUUAUAAAUUAUCACCCAAGAUGAUGGAAUUGGACUUGACUGACAAUACGCGAUCUUGAUGUAAACUCAAGGAAAAAACAUGUGAACUCAUUGAAAUAGGUUGUUAUAUCCAAGCAAUAAAAUCUAGUGAGUUGGCAUAUCUGUUGGAUUGUUUUUUAAAACAAUCUGAAGCAAUAAUCCAUCCCGAUGAUCGCCUUAAAAAAGUUAACAUUUGCUGUCUUUGGAGUCAAUCUUGUUUUGAUGACAUACACCGCAUUUAUAUUCAUAUUCAAAGUGCCUAAGGAAUCCAAUUUAAAUCGAGAAGAUGGCCAACGCUUGAUUGACCUUAUAAAUUAUAAUGAUUCAAGCAAUAUCGAUUACAGCUAUUGGGGUCCAUUAGAUAAUGGCCAUGUUAAAUCAUUGAGCAAUAAUGAACGAUCUAAACAGAUAAACAAAAAAUCCAAUGAACCAUUAGAUGUCAUCGAAAUUUGGUCUAAAGCAGCAAUUGGAAAUUACCUUUGGGAACAUAUACUGAAAGGAAAACUCAGUAAAAAAAGUCAGUUUUAUCAAUAUGGAUUCAGGAAGAUUGAUCGAUUCAAAGUGAAAUUUCGAAGCGGACCAUCUUUAACACCUCAAUCAUUGGAAAAUUUUAUUUCAGCUGAUGAUAAACCAAGGGAGAUAAAAAACUUGAUUUUUGUUUUAAACGGUCGCUCCAAAGAGAAAAUUGAAUUUGCAAAGCAAUGGUUGGACAAAAUUCAAGAUUUGACUUCUAGAAAAGAUAUUCAACCCUUUAAUGCUGCCGUAAUUUUACUUGGACACGAAUUUUGUUUCAACAAUUGGGUGAAAAAAUAUCUCAACGCAAAUGGUGGACCCUUAAAAUUUCUGUUUGUGGUUUACGAUUGGAAAGAGAUUAAUGAAGAGGACAUUUAUCAAUGGCCUUUAGGUGUGGCAACCUAUCGAAACUUCCCUAACCCUGAUCCAAAUAAACUUAACUUGAAACUUGAAAGACCAUAUACUUGCAAUUUCCUCGGGACAAUAUAUCCAAAUUCAUCGCGAGUUGAGGUUAUGGAUGUAAUUAAAACUUUCGAUGAAAGAGUCUGCUUUACAAAAGGCCGGUCAGAAUGGGAACCAAAUGAAACUAGUGAAACUCUUGAGCUAUAUUUACAAGCGUUACGUUUAUCUGAUCUUACCCUGAGUCCAAUUGGAAUGAAUCAUGAAUGUUAUCGCAUUUAUGAAGCUUUAUCUUACGGAUCUCUACCGGUAGUGGAAGAAAAUUUAAGUCAUGUCAAAGGCCAUAAAUCAAAUUGUGAUUCUACCUCAGCUUAUCGUUUGCUCAAAAAAUAUGAUGCUCCUGUGAUAUACAUUGCCAACUGGACUCACGAACUGCCAAUGCUGAUUGAAAAAGAGAUGAGUUUAUCAUUGGAACGAAAAAUUGAAAGAAGACUUCGAUUGAUCGAUUGGUAUGCUUCAUUUAAAACCAAUAUUCGUAAUCAUCUCUUUGAUAUAAUCGAACAGAAAUUUAAACUAAAAUUUUAAGCACAAUACUCAUUAGCUAAUAAAGACAAUGAUUGUAAAUAUAUUGUAAAUUUUUAUACAUAAAUGCUGUAUUCUUAUCAAUGUUUGAAAACAAUGCAAACCUUUUGACUUUACGAUUAUCAAAUUUCUGCUGAAAUCUAAUAAAUUCAACCUAUACCGAAA